AUGGACCAGACUAAUGACGGCAGCAGCAGCGGCGGCGGAUAUGGACCUCACCCUCCUCCCUACAGCGCUCAAGACUAUGCGCAGAAUUCUCACACAGCGAUGGGCCAUCAGGUUGGGAAUGGCGGCGUAGCGGUGGUCUCCACUGCUGCUACUUAUGACAACAUGGUUCAUCCCGGGGGCCACACGGCGUUGGACGGCCGGCAGUACGGCGAGGCGCCGCCUGAGCACGCUCUCGACUCGGACAUUGGCGUCUUCAGCGACCCCGCCAUACGGAGAGGUUUUAUCAGAAAAGUCUACUUGACCUUGAUGAUUCAGCUGCUGGUGACUGUCGGGCUCAUCUGCGCUUUUCUUUACUGGGACACCCUGAGGAAUUGGACAAUUGGAAACUACUGGUUCUCCUACUCGUUGAUGGUAGCAGUGCUUGUGCUCAUCUUGGCCUUGUCCUGCUGUGGCAACCUCCGUCGUCGAGUCCCCAUCAAUUUUAUCGCCCUGGGCCUGUUUACGAUCGUAGAGGGUCUGAUGCUCGGCUCUGUGACAGUGUACUUUAAUGCCGACGCAGUCUUGUGGGCGGUGGGAGCGACGGCGCUCGUGUCCUUCGCCUUGAGUCUGUUUGCCAUGCAGUCAAAGUGGGACUUCACUGCAGCGAGCGGGAGCCUGUGGGUGUUUGGCUGGACCCUCUUUUCAUUUGCAAUGCUUUGUGCAAUUUUGCGAUCACAGUAUGUUUACAUCACAUACGCCUGCCUGGGAACCUUGCUGUUUUCUUUGUACUUGGUGUUUGAUACGCAGCUCAUCCUCGGCGGGAAGCACAGGAACUUCGAACUUUCUCCCGAGGAGUACGUGUUCGCUGCACUCAGCCUGUAUCUGGACGUCGUCUCGCUCUUCCUCCUGCUGCUGCAGCUCAUCGGCCUCUGCCGCUGACACCCAGAGGCUGCAGAACAGUCCUCCCUCAAACACACACACACACUUGAGUUCAUGGUGGGCUGUCCAGAUGUCUG